AUGACCCUCCAGGCAGAUCUAGGGCCGAAUCUUACGGCAACGGUGCUAAUCACAGGAUCGCUGGCAUUUAUCACGAUGGGACUGCGAGUCUACACCCGAAUCACCAAGCGUAAUUGGGGCACGGAGGAUUGGGUCAUGUUGUUUGGAUGUUUACCCUUGCUGACCUUGACCAUUGUGACAACCAUCGGCUCAUACUACGGGAUUGGUGCCAAGGACAGUACAUUCGCCCUUCCUGGGAACAAAAAAUACAUCGAGACAGCAUACUUUUCUAUCCAGUGGUUCUUCCUCUACGAAGUGUUCUACUGCACGUCCAUCAUUUUUAUCAAGCUGAGCAUUGCUUUCAUGCUGAACCGGAUCGCCGGUAACCAGAGGAUCUUCAUCUAUACAAACUAUGGCAUCAUGGGACUCUGCGGCAGUGUUAAUCUUGCCGCGGCCCUGUAUAUCAUAUUCCAGUGCAAUCCCGUAGAAGCCGCCUGGAAAGCCGAGCUCGUAGCCGAAGGUGGCCAUUGCGAGCCUCCUGUAUACUUGCAAAACGUCUAUUACUUCUGUUCAUCGGUCAACAUCUUCACCGAUUGGGCGACAGCUCUGAUGCCGAUCGCAAUUCUCUGGAACGUGCAAAUGAACCGGAACACCAAGAUCACAGUCGCAGGUAUUCUCGGUCUAGGAAUCUUCACAUCCGUCUCCGGUCUUGUGCGAAUGAAGUACACCGUAGGCUUAACCAGCGAUCACGACUACCUAUACGGACUCGCAAACAUCCUCAUCUGGGGCUACGCCGAACCCGCCCUCGGCAUGAUCGUCGGAAACAUCGCCACCCUCCGCCCUCUCUUCCACCGUAUGCUCCAUCUGGGAUCAGAAAGCUCGGGCCCGCGGCCCUCAAACGACACACCGGGCUCUGACAACACGCCCAAGCACAUGCACCCCUACAAGCCCUUUGACACCGAGCACGAACUCGGCACGCUGGAUGAGAGUGUUUGCUGUAAAGGGGGCGAUCACGUUUCGACGGAGAUUCUGGGGGCCAAGGGCAGGCAAGGGAGUAUUUAUAGUGAGUCGGAAAGUCAGAAGCAGUUCUUGGAGAAAUGGGAGGAUAGGUCGCCGUCGAGAGGGGCGAUUGUGGUUAGUCAGCAUGUGGAAAUUAGUCGCCAUUGA